CAGAUUAUUAUACAUAUCCGGAACGAAUUUUUGCUCUGAGUGCAUGAAAUAGAGUUGUUGCUGUUGACUAUUAUUGUAAUCAUGUAUUCUGCCGUCGAAAAUAAUGCAGGAAAUGUUCCUGCGUUUUUAAUCAAACUUUGGACACUUGUAGAAGACCCAUCAACAGAUGAACUUAUUCAUUGGGACUCAAGUGGCACAAGUUUUCAUGUAUAUGACCAACAGAGGUUUUCUAGAGAAAUUCUACCCCUAUAUUUCAAACACAACAAUAUUGCAAGCUUUGUUCGACAAUUAAACAUGUAUGGAUUUCGGAAAGUCACACAUAUCGACCAAGGAGGGCUAAAAAUAGAAAAAGAUGAUCUAGAAUUUUCACACCAGUUUUUCCAAAGAGGCGAGCAGGAUAUGCUGCAGUAUAUCAAACGAAAGGUUUCAAAUCCAGCAGUUCGGACUACUGAUCACUUAGCACCAUCUAAAACGGAUGAAGUUUCUCGGGUAUUAGCUGAUAUGAAACAAGUCAAAACUAAACAAGAUUCAAUGGAUCAGAAUUUAGAGUACAUUAAAAGAGAAAAUAAGUUGUUGUGGCGAGAAGUUGCUAUGUUGAGGCAAAAACACCACAAGCAACAACAGAUAGUGAAUAAGCUAAUACAGUUCCUAGUUUCUUUGGUAAGCUCCAACAGAACAGGCCUGACAAUCCCAACUAUUCGCAGAGUACCUCUUGCCAUUAAUGAUGUUAGUCAGCUGGCCAGACAAGAAUCUGCCGGCGAACAAACCUUUAAUGAUCAGGACCUCAAAGAUGCAUCACAAAGUCUUCACAUUGAUUCAUCUCCAUCUCAUAGUAUUAACAAAGAUGACCAGUUUGGGGAUGAAGCCUAUACUAUUGAAUCUCCAAAGAUUGGAGACUACCUGAUACCUAGUACACCAAGUAGCACUGGGCCAAUCAUACAUGAACUAACAGACAAUACUCAGACCAUUUUAGUACCAGCUUCAGCAGUUACAUUGGUGAAACAAGAUGAAAAUUCUGAUGACUUUUUGCAAUCCAUUCUUUCAAAUGAACAAGCAAUAAACCCGACCCCUGCUGUGGCUAAUAGAAACAUAUCACGGUUGUCACAGUCCCCACCACUGUUGUCUCAGCCCAUACCCACAGUUAUGGUGGGUCAGCCGGAUGGCGCAAACUUUUUGCUGUCUCCUAAAAUUGAAGCUGCCCCCUCCUUAGAGGAUGCAUUAAAUUUUGGUCUCAAUGUGGCGGCGUCAAGUUCAGACUCACUGGGUUCCACAUCCCAGCAGACAAAUGCAGGAUCACAGAAGAGAAAAAGAAAGAUAGCCACACUGCCACCAGUGAACACAAAGAAAGCCAACACAAACCAAAACAAUAUAGACCCCGCUAAGGGUAACAUCUCUCAAGACCAAGCAGCAACUCUGAAGAAUCUGGUCAUGGCCAAUUCUGACCUCAACUCUACUGCCCCAGAACAAAGCUACACUGGUGCCACUACAUCAGAUGCCAGCCUAGCUUUGGCUGCAUCUAAAGAUACUGAUGAUUUUACUCUCAGUUCAGAUCAGCUGGACCUACUGUCUUCAGAUUUAGAUGGGCUGAAAGGGAUACUUCAAGAUCAGUACAAGGUGGACCCAACUUUUCUUAUGGAGCUUUUUGACUCUUCUAAUCCAUGGCCACUGUCUUCAGAAAAGGAUUUUGAUGACCUUAGAGGAGACCAGGACAGAGAUGAAGCAGGAACGUCAGGGAAUGGAAAUAUCACAGACAUUAAAUUGAGACAUUAGGGACAGAGCUUGUGGAAUACAACCCUAGAGAUGACUUAUUUCCUGAACUAUUGGAUGAUAAUAUCAUGGGGGAUAUUGAUGACAUUGAUUAACUGUAAACUUUCUGAAGAAAGUUGUCAGACAGAGGCUGCUAUAGUCAAGUACAACAAUGGACCUGCACUAAGCUGGGCUGGAAGACAGUUGAACUACAGCUUUGCCAUGCAUUGUCCUGGCUAUCACCCCGCCUAUCAUAGCUUUACCAUGUUUGCUUGGUUGCUGAUGGAGGAUUCAACUACUGCUUGUUGCUGACAAAAACAUUGCCUAACUUAAUGGAACAUAUGCUAAUGGUUAAGGUCCCUAAAGGAAAUGUAUAUGCAAUUAUUUAUUGUGUGUAUACUUCCUGUUACUGCUUCUAUUUUUAUAGACAAUCAUAUGGCAUAAUUAGGGUAUGUAAGAAAUCAUUAGUUAACAUUGAUUGCUGAAACUGUAUUGAUAUGCCAGACUAGCCAUAUAUAUAGUGAUGUUUGUGAAAUAUGUUUGUUACUUUUACAGACAGUUGAUAGAGUUCUAAAAAGGCAGUAAAAUGUUGUUUCUGCUUGAUAUUUGAAAAAAAUACUAUUAUGAAUAGUUAAUAUUUAGUAAUUGGGAUAUGUGUUAACUUAUGAACAGUAUGAUUUGUUUGUAUUUAAAUUUUGAUGCUGAAACAAUGAUGUAAAGGAUUUGCUUCACCAUAUUUAUUUCAACACCACAGUCUCAAAAAUUUAUAUGUAACUCUCAUUAACAUUUAUUAACAACAUCAGUCUCAUUCAUAUAAUUUUUAUUUUAUAUUUUUACAAUAAUUUGAGCACAAAGAAGGAUAAAAAUUGGCAUUGUUUUACUAUAGAUAUUAUUUAAAAGAAAAUCAACAUGAACUAAUAGAAAUCCAAGCCAAGGCUAGGCCUGAUUCCUUUUAAAUGAACUACAUUUUCUAGUUUGGUCAUUUUAAAGCAAAAUGUUUAGAGGGAUUAGAUAUAUCUACUUAAAUAAAUGUAUUACUGUUUAUCUUUUUGGUACAAAAAUAGCUUUAAAUAAAUCAAGACAAGUGGUUGUUUGGUUGAAUUCAUGUAGAGGUUGUUCACUGUUGCUACUACAGAAGACUGUUUGGGUGGUGCCUUUUUUUGUUUUCAGAAUGUUGCAAACAUUUUAGUUUAUUAUUCCUGUCCAGGCUAUUAGUCUUUGGUUUUGAACAUUGAAACAUUUUGUUCUUUACUUCAUGGUUAGUUUUAAAGAUGAAUAACAUGUCAGCUGUUUGUUAAAAAAAAUCAUUGGAAGUUUAUGGCUGGUCUUAGAAUAAUAGACAAACAUUGAAGUAAAUUGUAUUUGUUUCGUUUUUUAAAUAUAUUUUUUUUUAAAAAGAAUUUCCAAAAAUAAAAUACAUUUCAGA